AUGGACGUGGACGUGACGUGGACGGGGACGUGGACGUGGACGUGGACGUGGACAUGGAGGUGGACGUGGACGUGGACGUGGACAUGGACGUGGACGUGGACGUGGACAUGGACGUGGACAUGGACGUGGACGUGGACGUGGACGUUGACGUGGAGUGGACGUGGAGUGGACGUGGACGUGGACGUGGACGUGGACGUGGACGUGGAGGACGUGGACGUGGACGUCGAGAACUUGGACGUGGACAUGGACGUGAACGUGGACGUGGACGUGGACGUGGAGGACUUGGACGUGGACAUGGACGUGGACGUGGACGUGGACAUGGACGUGGACGUGGACGUGGACGUGGACCUGGACAUGGACGUGGACGUAGACGUGGACGUGGACAUGGACCUGGACAUGGACGUGGACGUGGACGUGGACGUGGACAUGGACGUGGACGUGGACAUGGUCGUGGACGUGGACGUGGACGUGGACGUGGACAUGGACGUGGACGUGAACAAGACGUGGACUGGACGUGGACGUGGACGUGGACGUGGACGUGGACGUGGACGUGGACGUGCACGUGGACGUGGACGUGGACGUGGACGUGGACGUGGACGUGGACGUGGACAUGGACGUGGACAUGGACGUGGACGUGGACGUGGACGUGGACAUGGACGUGGACGUAGACGUAGACGUGGACGUGGACGUGGACAUGGACGUGGACGUGGACGUGGACGUGCACGUGGAGGACGUGGACGUGGACGUGGACGUGGACGUGGAGAACUUGGAGGUGGACAUGGACGUGAACGUGGACGAGGACGUGGACGUGGAGGACUUGGACGUGGACAUGGACGUGGACGUGGAGUGGACGUGGACGUGGACGUUGACGUGGACGUGGACGUGGACAUGGACGUGGACGUGGACGUGACGUGGACGUGGACGUGGACAUGGACCCUUGUUCUUGCAAUUUAG